CUUUCAAAUCUCCUUUUUUUUUUUUUCUUUCUCAUUCACGUCACUUAGAAUAAUAAGCCUCUAUCCCUGCAGAGAAUAAUGAUUGCUGGUGUGUUUUGGUCAUGCUCUGUCUUUUUUUUCCACACAUGUAGGCAGAUUCUUUUGAGCAAUCAGACCAAUCUGCUGCACAGGGAGCAGUCCAUCGCUACAGAGGAGGGGUGAGGGUAUAGAGGCAACAUACUCUCUCCCUCCCCCUCCUUAUCCUCCCCUUCACGGGCCAACGUAUGUGCAGGCAGAGGGAGGUGAAUGCAGAGGUUGUACGUGUUUGUGUGCAUGUGUGUGUGUGAGUAUGUCUGAGUCUGUGUGAGCGUGUGUGUACGCGUGUGAAGACGGCACAGCCAAUCAGAGCAGCACCAGGUACCACCCCCCCCCCCUUGUGUCUUUGUUUGGUCUGCUCCAUCUCCCCCCUCAGUGGUUUCUGCUGCAGUAUAAGUCACAGCCUGCGCUGUUCUCUCUGACAUACAUCACGCGCGCACACACACGCACACACCGAGGGAAACAGACAUGCACACACAUGCAUACGAGUGCAAAUCCUCUUACAACUCGCUAGUGCCCAGAGCAGAUUAAGGGGCUGCACAUCUCAAAUUGUAUUCCAAAUGUGCCACCUUUCCAUGGGUCUCCUUCCUCUUCUUCUUUCACUUUCUCCUCUUCCUCCUAUGCCACAACGGGACUUCUCCUCUGCACCUGCUUCUACUGCUGCUUCUUCCUCCUCCUCCGCUCCGUCUUCAACCUCUGGCAACUGGCCCGUUUGCCUCUGCAGCUGAGAUGACCAGGCAGCCAGCCUGAGGCAGAGGAAAGAACUCACACAGACAGAGGUAGAAAGAAAGAGAGGUGGUGGUGGUGGUGGGGAGAACAAGAAAGAGCGUGAAAAGGUAGGAAUUGAAGGAUUAAUUCCAAUCUGAGAGUGCCGCUGGAGAAGGAAGGCAGGCAAGGAGGAGGAGAGGGGGGGUCAGCACGGCCAGGUUUGGAGAAUUGGAGGUGGAGGGGGACGAGGGGGAGGAGGGGGGGAACAGAAGAGGAGAGAGAGCUUCAGUGCAGAGAGAAGAGGAAGAGGGGAAAGACAGAGUGGGGUGAAAGAAAGGGGGAGAGAGCCGAGCGUUGACCAUGAAGGCUCUGUUGCUGCUGGUCCUGCCCUGGCUCAGCCCGGCCAACUACACAGACAAUUUGGGCAACCUGCACAUCCUCUAUUCUGAGCUGUGUAAAGGGGCCUCUCACUAUGGCCUCUCAGCAGACAGGAAGCGUCGCUCGCAGGAGGGCGAGUGCACCGACAGCACAUCGGAACUCACCAUUGCCACGCUGCCCAACGACGGCCCCACCUCCGCCGCCGUGGCCCUCCUGUCGGACGAGCCGGGUCUGGUCAAUCCCGCCUUCGACCCGAGCAUGGAGGACAACAGCCAGUCGGGCAGCACGACCAGCCUGGCCGCCCGCAGCAGCACCAAGAAGAGUGAGUUCAGAAAUUUUGACCGCUCUUCCGUGAGAAGCCGCUCCUUCAGGAGGCUGAACCGGGCAUUCAGUGUCCUGCGGAGGACCAAGAGUGGCAACGCAGUGAGCAAUGAGACGUCUGAGGAGAGAGACAAUGCCAGGAAUUCCACUGUGCCGCAGGAAGGUAUGCAUCAAGUCCUGGCUCUUCCUCAGCUCCAUCACCUGAUCCCUGAUGGUGAAGUUACCAGUAUUAAGAUCACGCGGGUGGAUCCCUCAGAACCGCUGGCCAUCAGCAUUGUUGGCGGGAACGAGACCCCAUUGGUUCGCAUCCUCAUCCAGGAUAUCUACAGAGAAGGCGUGAUUGCACGGGAUGGACGUUUGCUGCCUGGGGACAUGAUCCUGAAGGUAAACGGCAUUGACAUCAGCAACGUACCACACUGCUAUGCCAUGGCAACCCUAAAACAGCCGUGCCAACUCCUCCGACUUACCGUGCUCAGAGAACAGCGCCAUCGCUACCGCUCACACUCGCACAGCCACCCACAUGGUCACGGGCACAGCCACGAUGGUGCCGGGGGCCACCCGUCUCACGGCCUACCCCACCAUCCCCUGAGGGAUGACAGCAUCCAUGUGGUUCUGAAUAAAAGCACUCCAGAGGAGCAGCUGGGCAUUAAGCUGGUGAGGCGGCCAGAGGAGCACGGAGUCUACAUCUUUCACCUGCUGGAGGGCGGCCUGGCAGCUCGGGAUGGACAGCUGUGCGUUGGUGACCGUGUGCUGGCCAUCAACGGGCACGAUCUCCGUUACGGAGCACCAGAACAUGCUGCUCUGCUUAUCCAGGCAAGUGAGGAGCGUGUCCACUUCAUAGUAUCUCGUCAGAUCUGCCUGCCCACCCCAGACAUCUUACAAGAAGCACCAUGGGGCAUGGAUGGUCCCCCACCAUAUUCCCCUGUGGAUAUUGAGCAAACACUGCUGGACUCUUGUCAGAAGCCUGCGUGCUACGAGAAGACAGUGUCUCUGACUAAGGAACCAUAUGACUCCCUGGGUAUGACGGUGGCAGGUGGCAUGUCCAGCAGAGGGUGGGACCUCCCUAUUUAUGUCACAAACGUGGACCCUGAUGGAGUGGUGGGACAGGAGGGCUCCAUUCGCAAAGGUGACAUCUUGCUAAACGUGAACGGGGUUGAUCUGACGGGGGUGACGCGAGGCGAGGCUGUGGCCAACUUGAAAAACACCUCCUCUCCCGUCGUGCUCAAGGUCUUGGAGAUGCGUCCUCCAGAAGAAAGCCUGCAAGAGUGCACGUUGCCGCCCUGUCUAACACCCUCGCCCACUGAUAGCACCAAGAGUCCGCUGCCCAAUGACGAUUAUUCCCCGCUGUGGGUGUCAUGGCUGCAGCUACCCAGGCAUCUCUACUGUUGCAAAGACAUCGUCCUGCGGCGGAGCACUUCGGGCAGCCUGGGCUUCAGUAUUGUGGGAGGUCAGGAAGAGGUCAACUGCAAUCAAUCCUUUUUUAUCCGCUCCAUUGUUGAGGGGACGCCAGCCUACAAUGAUGGCAGGAUAAGGUGUGGGGACAUCUUGCUCGAGGUGAAUGGGAAGAGUACAUGGGGGAUGACCCAUACAGCACUGGUGCGCCUUCUGAAGGAGCUGCGGGGCAGAAUCACCCUGACCAUCGUCUCCUGGCCAGGCAGCCUGCUGUAGCAGUGCCCUAAGCCAUCCAGCGCUGCUUCAGUGGCACUGACCGAGGAAUGUGGAAAGCAGAGCUUUAGACUGGUUGACCACCCUAAGCUUGCUGUGUGGGAGAAGCUUAGAAUAGAGCUGUGGCUGCACGGAUAUCUCACCUCUGAUGGACAGCUGAGACUUUGCCAGGAGUUUUUAGAGGGACAAACAAAAGACUGGAUUGUUACCAGAGGUUAACUUGCCCCUCCAAGAACGCUGAACUUGGGAGAAUCCAGGCCUGAGAUGCCUCUAACUAGGAUGUUGGGUGUUAUCUGUUUAGAGGACAUGGUCAUUCUCUGGCACAGCAUCCAGUGAGUGGUGUGGGUGGAUCGAGGGGAGACACAACACGUUGCCAAUUCCAGUAGUUAUAUAUUAGGGUAUGCGUUAAGUUGGACUCACAUUUCUUUACUGUAAAUGUUGGGUGUCUAAAAAAGUACUGAUCCAAGCACUUGUAAUACGUUUCUUUUGUUUGUUUGUGGUAUGGCCUUUAAAAAUAGGCUCCAUUCUGUUUGUACUGACAGUGGUUGUCAUCUUCAUCCGUUGACCUGAGGACACGUUGCCAAGUAGUAGUCUGUGUUGAGGUUUUUUUCUUUUAUUUCAGAAGCUAUGGCUAAAUUAUCAAACCACUGGCAAGGAAAAUAUAUAUAAAAAAAUAAAGGAUCAAUGUGUUCAUAAGAUAUUAAAAAAUGGUAUUUAAUUAGGUGAAAUUGUGGAGGCCUUACUAAUUUUCUUACUUUUAAGAAAAAAAACUGACUUGGUUUCUAUGUAUCAGUGGAUGGUCUGGGGCCUGUCUACUGUGGUUCUGUCUGUCACGCUUCGGCCUGUGUAGUAUAUCUGAUGGUACAUUUGGUUAAAUGAUCAAUAAAGUCAUUUAAAAAGA